UAGUUUAUAAACACCGGCACCGAGGAUACAUCGAGGCUUUUUUUUAGUAGGUCAGAUUGCAACACGUCACACUAUAUUUUGGUUUUUCUAUUCACUGAUACAACAAUUUAGUCAAAAAGAUGGCUUUGGUAGGAAUUCUUGGCAAAAAAGUCUUGCGAAAAUCAGAUGCUGUAGAUGUAACCACCUUGUCUGAAAAUGAUGUUGUGGGCAUCUAUUUCUCUGCCCACUGGUGUCCUCCUUGCAGAGCUUUUACCCCAGUCUUGGUCGAGUACUACAACAAGCUGAGGAGUGCUGGGAAGAAGUUUGAGAUUGUGUUCGUCAGCUCCGACAGAGAUGAGGCCUCCUGUAAGGAAUAUUAUGACAGCAUGCCCUGGCUGCUGUUACCUUAUGAAGAGAGAGACCUCAAGGAGGAGUUGGCCCAGAACUAUGGGAUACGAGGAAUCCCUACCUUAGUUUUUGUUGAUGCCAAAACUGGUGAUACUAUCUCUCUUGAGGGAAGACAAAUUGUCAACACAGAUACAGAAGGAGCCAAUUUUCCAUGGAAAUAAAUUCAUUAAUAUUUAUUUCUGUUCACUGUUUUUGUAAUUUUGUUUGUUCUUUAGUCUUACGGGGUAUUUCAGAUAAUUUUUUUUUCUUGUAGAUUUUUCAAAAUAUUUGUAAUACUUGACUUUGACACAGUUUUGUGAUCAUGCUAUUUACUAUUUCUUUCUCUUUAACAUGAAAUAAAAUUUUAUUAGAAGGGGCUAAUGUAUUUAUUGAAAUUUCUCAAACCACAAUUUAAUGUUGUUGUUUUGUCUCCAUUUUUACCACAUUUGUAUAUGAACUUCAACAUACAUUUAAUGUUGUUUCUUCCAACAAGAUUUGAUAAGACACUUAAAUCUGAACAAAAAGAUAUGGAAUUUUUUUAAAGCUGUAAAACAACAUAGAAAUGGUUAAUAUUUUGUGUGUAGGUAUGUGCCAUAGUGUUUUAUGUUUUCAUUCAUUCAAAUAUUAGUAUGUUAUGUAAGUAGUCAGUUAUGUUACUAUAAAGUCUACUAAUUUUUUUUCUUACCAUACUUAUUUUGUAAAUGUGCAAUUACUUCUUUAUUUUCAGCUUUUGUUGUUGUCUAAUAAUUAUGCAAAGUGUUCAGGUCAGGUAGAAAUGUUUCUAUUUCUCAAUGUUUUCUCCUAGGAGACUAAAACUCUUUGUUUUGUUAAACAUACAUUUUUUUUUAAAGAUGUGUAGCUUCAAGAUUGAUAGAUAAGUUUUGGUCUGUGAAUAUUUUUUAGAUACAGUUCAGAAACAUUUGUUUUCUUCCUUUUAUUGCAUAAACAGGAGAACACCAUUUUAUCAGAUAAAAAUUUCAUAUUCUGAUACAUUUACAACAUAAUCAGAUGAACUAUAGUAUUAGUGAAAUCCAAAAGGCUCUGUCAUGUCUCAUUUCAUUUUGCAUUGUAUAGUUAUUUAUUUUGUAAUUUUUUUACUCUUGGAGCUUUAAUACUAACAGUGUUCUUAAUCUAAAGAAUGGAAAGGCCUAAAUAUAAAACAAUCCAUAUUUAAUAUACUUUGUCAUGUAAAUUUUGUACUGCUAAAAUAUACAAUCAAGUGAGGUCUUCUCUUGUUCAAACCACAAUAAUUUUACAACUCAUUAUGGACCAAUUAGCAAUUGUGAUACCACAUGUGAUAUUUUCUCUAUUGCCAUAGAACAUUUUGUAACCAUCUCAUUAGCAGGCAAUCUAAUUAUACAAAUGUGAUACAUUCAUUUUGAACACUUACUAUUAUACUGACUUAGUUACCGACUUGCAAAACAUAAUUCCAGUUUAUCUUUAAGGAAUUUUUUUCAUAAUGUUGUUAAAUGUUAUACUUAACCUAGUGAGGAAAUUGUAACUUAUUUAAAUUGGCUUAGAUCUGUUUCAUAUCUCAAUGCUAUAAAUUUUAAUUUUUAUUUUUAAAUGGGAUUUAAUGUUUUAGAAUUAAUAAACCUUUUUUUAAGGCUUGCUCAUUAACAAGUAUUUUCUUUUUUUUUAUUUCCCCUAUUUACAAAAUCAACUAAAUUUAUUCACACAGAAAAGCAAAGUUAAUAAAAAUGACCAUUCGAGACCAAACAUUGAGAGACUAGAACUAGAGAUUCUGACUGUUUUAGUAGCUUAGUGCGCCAACCAUCUUUCUGCUACUUCAUCCCAUUGUUCGUUCAUAUUUUCUUUAGACCGACCCAAACACUUUGUUAAGUAUGCAAUUAAUUUGGUUUAAGUCAAAGAAAAUGUUUUAUCAAUCACAAUUUAAAGGUAUAGAUAUAUUGGUGGUGUGUGUCAGGCAAAGAGCCACUUGAACCAGGGAUCACUAAAUAUUUAUAUACCGGUAUAUAUUUUGAUUCUUCACUAAUAAAAUUCUUUAAAAAAAACUCA